UACGUCAGCGGGCUGUUCCCAACGUAAUGCAGUAGUGAGGAUAAUUGUAGCCAGAUUCAGGACAUGGAUUCGAAAUCUUACCGUCAUCCAAUGUUACGCGCUAAUCGAUUCAGCCGAAAUGCACAGAGAAAACUUUUACAGGUGAUAUCAAGAUCCUCAUGGGCGACUUGAACGCAAAGGUUGGUUUCGACAAUUCGCACAGUGAGCGCGUCAUAAGACGCCAUGGUCUCGGAAAAAAAUGAGCGAGAACGGAGGGCUGUUCAAAUCAAAUCAACCCAAUGUACGAAUCAAACAUAGCGCCGACAUUGCGUGCGACCGGAGGACAUCUCCUAAUCGGCGAGAUCCGGAUGCGUAUUGCUAGAAUCCAUUGACAGGAGGAGAAAAUCGGGCGCCAGUUCAACACAGGAAGACGUUGCGGUGAAAAGGUCCUUCGUCGAGGAUGUCAUCAAAAACGGGUUUUCUGCGGCUGUCUAUUUGGCCGCCUUACAUGCAAACACAGGUAACAUUCGCCUUGCUUGUGAAUGUAUUUAUGGGUACGUGACAUUUUUUUUUGUUGCACGACUGCUACUUAUGCAGCAUAUUCCAAGCUAUCACUUUCUGGCAGGUCAAACCCCAACAUAUGAUUUUGACAUUCUUCUUUUAGUGAUUUUAUGCUUCCUACCCUUGCUUCUGAUAUGCUCAGAAGUGGGUGGUAGGUAAUUCAAUGGCAUGUAAUACGCAGGCCAACCUUUCCACCCAUUCAUUCAUUCAGUUACAUUCCACCCACGGGGAGCAGUUUUUCGGAGAUUGAUUGAUUGAGUACAAUUGAAGAAAAAAAAACCGGCUGGAAAUAUUCAUAUCAAAGCCAGUACUUUUAUCGAAGCUGCUGAAAAUGUGCAACGUGAGCCAUUCCAUCGAGUCGAUUACCGUUACCGACAACGAAAAGUUCACCUAUCCGAUUGUUUUACUGAAGGGUGUGAUACUCAAUCGAUGCCAGGCAGGUGAGCUGAAAUUGAAAAUCGAUAAUUGCGAUUGGCCAGCAUCCAAAGAUGUGCGAUUCAUCAAUGAGAAACGAGGUCAAUUUAAAGUGAUAUUUAGGCUAAAGCAUGGCGAGAAUCGGGUUUCAAUAGCUUACUGCCACCAUGCAACGGAAGUUCACCUAUUCUAUGAAGCAACUGGGAAUCCCUAUUCCAUUACACCACUGUACAUAAUUUGCAGUGGCCACGAUGGGCGGUACCAGUCCGACACGGAUGAAAAUGAUAUUGAAAGCGCGUGUCACAAAAUUACCCUAGGGAUUGAACUGGUACAGAGCCUUUAUGCGGAAAAGCUUUCGGAGAAAGGAUGGGGCAGGAAAACUUUCGCCAUCAGUGGUCCAUGUUUGCCGUUUCAUAGCUCUCUGCCGGUUGAGGAUUCGAAACGCAUGUCAGACCAGCAGUUGUGGAACUACUUCGCCAAAGAGAUACUACAAUCGGAUUUGUUCUUAACGGAAAAACAAAAGUUCAUAGGGUUCAUCAGUAGUACCUACUAUGAAGGGAUAUCGGAUAACGAUUUCUCGUACGAGAACAUCAAACGACGAACAACGGGAAAUGCUGCGCUCGGUGGAGGUGGAUUGGCUCUUUUCGGAACGGGGUGUCUCUACACGUGGCCCAACAGAUUGGACGACAUAGUACCUGCUUUUCUGAACCCCAAACAAGUUGAUCGCACUCUGAUGAUGGAUGAUAGCAAUUAUAGAUACACCUACGGAGGUUGUUACGCAACCACAAUCGGUUCGGUUUGCCACGAAAUGGGUCAUAUUUUCGAUCUGGGUCACACAAAGGACGGCAUCAUGGGCGCCGAUUUGGAUCACAUAAACCGUGUAUUCACGCUUAUCUCGAGCACUGAGGAUCUUCCGGAUCGGAUCGUUGGUCACCGCGUGCCGGAUCGAAAACCGUUGAACAGCAAACUGACCCAAAUCAAACGGCCGGGUGAGUUUUUGCGGAAAUACCAGCAGCAGAAGGAAAGCGACGUAACGUUUUUCGCGGACAACUGUGCCAUUACUUUACAAUUGCACAAGUGGUUCAACUAUGGGCUCAGCACAAACGAAAAUAAUUGUGAUACUAGACUAAGCUUGAACUUCGUAACACGACACGUGACUAGUAUUAAUUCCACGCUUAAACUGAUUGAACUUCGUGAUAGGGAGGACGGGAUGCUAAAGAAUUACUGGUCGUUUUUAGACAGAGAUACGGAAUGCUUUCAGAUUCCAGAGGAGAUUUGUCUGGAUGGACUGACUUUGUUUGUGAUCGAUAAUUUCGGUAAUAUUUUAAAACAGGAUUUAUAAAGAAUGAUCAGAGCAACAAAAACCAAAUGCAAACCUGUUGUCGGUAUAAGAAUCUUAUAGCAAAUAGUUUUAGAAAACCCCGACCAAAAGUAGAUUGAUACGUUGAAUUGAUAUUUAUUGUGAAACAUUCUGAAAUGACUCAAAAUUAAAAUAACAAUAUAUAUUUGAGAGCUCUUUUAGAAAAAAAAAAUAGGCAUUCUAUUCCAAAAUAAAUGUGUUCCGAUGCAUGCUUCAACGGUUAAAUUAGUCUAGUCAAGAUAGGUAUACCGCAUUUAGUUCACCACUGGACUGCGCAUUGAGUCUUCAUAAGUUCGAAAACGUAAAUAAAGCUGCGCGAUUGAAUCAAAUCAAAUUGAUGUCUUCGGCGCACUAUUUUGUUCGAUGUAUGCUGAAUAAGCGCUCUGAAGACACCAAGUUGAUUGGAUGCAAUCGCGCACUUCUAUUUGCGUGAAAACUAGUGCGAUAGUCCAGUGGUGAACUUGAUGCGCUAUAAAACUUCAUCAAAUUAGUUGAUAUAUAUUUACUGUCGAUAUUUGCAUGAUUAAUAAACGGAUAGUACAGCAGCAAUAAAUAAAAGUUUGUAUCAUUUAGCUAUUUGAAUACUUUUUCCCACGGUUUUUUUUACACUUUACCCUAUUAGUAGUGGGGUAAUUUGGUCACCCUAAACAAAAGUCGACUAGACAUGCAGAGAACAACAUUGAAUCUCUAGCAUUUCGUAUGGCCAUAAAGAUUCUGAUAAAACUACAACAGAUGCAUCGCUUUGCAUCAGUUAUCGCACUAUUUCUGUGCUCGGGCACACUAGCCGACAUAUUUUUCAUAAUUUCCACCCUACUACAGGUCCAUGGAAGAUAG